CCCCCGCCCCCCGCCAUGCCCCGCGGGGCGCGCUGACGGGCGGCAUGGAGGGCCGGGCUGUGCCCCCCGGGCCGUACCGGGCCACCAGACUGUGGAAUGAAAUUACCACAUCUUUCCGAGCAGGAAUGCCUCUACGAAAACAUAGGCAACACUUUAAAAAAUAUGGCAAUUGUUUUACAGCAGAAGAAGCAGUGGAUUGGCUUUAUGACCUAUUAAGAAAUAAUAACAAUUUUGGUCCUGAAGUUACAAGGCAACAGACUCUCCAACUGUUGAGAAAAUUCCUUAAGAAUCAUGUAAUUGAAGAUAUCAAAGGCAGAUGGGGAUCAGAAAAUCUUGAUGACAACAGUCAGCUAUUCAGAUUUCCUGCAAAUUCUCCGCUUAAAAGUCUUCCACGAAGGCAUCCAGAAUUGAGAAAAAACAGCAUAGAAAACUUUUCCAAAGAUAAAGAUAGCAUUUUUAAAUUACGAAAUUUAUCUCGUAGAACUCCUAAAAAACUUGGAUUACAUUUCUCCCAGGAAAAUACAGAGAAAAUGAACCAUGAAAUAAUCCAUGAAGAUCAAGAAAACUCCGUUGAUAAUAGAGAAAUAAGCCGAGAAGAUGUUGAGGAAGUUUGGAGAUCUGUUAUUCUGCUCUACCUGCAAACCAUUUUAGGCGUGCCAUCCCUAGAAGAAGUCGUAAACCCAAAGCAAGUAGUUCCUCAGUACGUAAUGUACAACGUGACCAAUACAAGCAAACAUGGAAUAGUUAUACUGCAAGACAAAUCAGACGACCUUCCUCACUGGGUGUUAUCUGCCAUGAAGUGCCUGGCAAAUUGGCCAAGAAGUAAUGAUCUGAAUAAUCCAACUUAUGUUGGAUUUGAACGAGAUGUAUUCAGAACAAUAGCAGAUUAUUUUCUAGACCUCCCUGAACCUCUGCUUACCUUUGAAUAUUAUGAAUUAUUUGUAAGCAUUUUGGUUGUUUGUGGCUACGUCACAGUUUCAGAUAGACCCAGUGGGAUACAUAAAAUCCAAGAUGAUCCACAGUCUUCAAAAAUCCUUCGCUUAAACAAUUUGAAUUCCUUCAAAUCAACUGAGUGUCUUCUUCUCAGUCUACUUCAUAAAGACAAAAACAAAGAAGAAUCAGAUACUACUAAGAGACUGCAGAUAAGUGAUCAAGGAUUUCAAGAAAAAUGUGCUAAGAAAAUGCAGCUAGUUAAUUUUAAAGAUAGAAGAGCCAGUGCUAAUGAUAUAGUGGGAGGAAGUUGUCAUAAUUUAAUAGGCUUAAGUAGUAUGCAUGCUCUGUCCUCUAACAUCAAACCAAGGUGCUAUUCUUUAGAAGGAAUUACAGACUUACCAGGGAGUUCAAGUAAAGAGAUCUUCAGUGCCUUCCAUCAAUCUGUUCUGAAUAUAGGACAAAAUAAUGAGCAGCUUUUAGAGUCUAAGAUCAAACAGGAAUCCCUAAGGAAUCUUCAUUCAGAGGAAAGUAAUCAGAAGUCACACUCUGUUGGUUUUAAGAGAACCUCUACUUUGACUGUUGAAGACCAAGAGGAGUUGUGUAAUGGGAAAUGCAAGUCAAAACAACUUUGUAGAUCUCAGAGUUUACUUUUAAGAAGUAGUACAAAAAGGAAUAGUUCUAUCAAUAUGCCAGUGGCAGAAAUUAUCAUGAAACCAGAUCUUGGACAAGGCAGCACACGUGUGCAAACAGCUAUGGAAAGUGAACUCGGAGAGUCUAGUACCACAAUCAAUAAGAGACUCUGCAAAAGUACAGUAGAACUUUCAGAAAAUUCUUUACCUCCAGCUGCUUCUGUGUUGACUGGCACACAAAGUUUGCUGCAACCUCAUUUAGAGAGGGUUGCCAUCGAUGCACUACAGUUAUGUUGUUUGUUACUUCCCCCACCAAAUCGUAGAAAGCUUCAACUUUUAAUGCGCAUGAUUUCCCGAAUGAGUCAAAAUGUUGAUAUGCCCCCACUGCAUGAUGCAAUGGGUACAAGAUCACUGAUGAUACACACGUUUUCUCGAUGUGUGCUGUGCUGUGCCGAAGAAGUGGAUCUUGAUGAGCUUCUUGCUACAAGAUUAGUUUCUUUCUUAAUGGAUCAUCACCAGGAAAUUCUUCAAGUACCCUCUUACUUACAGACUGCAGUGGAUAAACAUCUUGACUACUUAAGAAAGGGCUAUAUUAAAAAUCCUGGAGAUGGACUGAUUGUUCCUUUGCCAACGUAUUCAUACUGUAGACAAAUUAGUGCUCAGGAGUUUGAUGAACAAAAAGUGUCUACCUCACAAGCUGCAAUUACAGAACUUUUGGAGAAUAUUAUUAAAAACAAGAGUUUGCCUCUAAAGGAAAAAAGGAAAAAACUAAAACAGUUUCAGAAGGAAUAUCCCUUGAUAUAUCAGAAAAGAUUUCCCACCAUGGAGAGUGAAGCAGUACUUUUUGCUGACAAACCUACAAUCAAACAACCUAUGCUAAUUUUAAAAAAACCAAAGUUUCGUAGUCUAAGAUACUGAAUUAAAAAUCAUGGUGUAAUACUUGUGGAACUUUGGUAAAUGAAGCCAUAUCUAAGAAUCGAGCUUCUAUAAAAGAAGUCUAUUUAUUAAUAAGGUUUUUGUAAAUAAAAUAUAUAUAUAUAUAUAUAAAGAGGUACCAAGGUAAUUUUUUUAUCAAUGUAAGACUGCUAAGAAACUAAUAAAACGUCUCAACUGAGAGCAAAUAACAAAAGUGGUACCAGACACUUUAACCAGAAACAAACAACACCUGUAAAAGUUGUUGUGGGAUGUGCCAAAAUUUUACUUACUUGAAUUUUAAAGACUGGCAUGUUCAUCAAGAUUAAGCUGUAAUUCUGUUUUUAAAAGAAAUUAACUUUAUCUGCACAUGUGCUUGUGAAUAUUGGCUAAAAUACUAGUUGUUAAGGGGUACUUUUGUUUCUAAGUAUAAAAAUGUGAAGAAUAUUGGAAAAUCCAGUGAAUCCUCUAUGCUAAAUGUUGCAUUCUUUUGUAUACUGUUUUUCUACUUUUGAUCUAUUCACAUAUGUGUGUGUUUUUAAGAUACGUGCAUGUAAGUCUUCAAUUUGCUUUAAACAUUUAUCUCAACUGCUUCAGUCAUUCAGUUUUUCAAUAAAUAUCUUUUGCAACCUUAUGUUCAUGUAUGUACUAGAAGAUUGUGGUGUAAAAGAAGGAUAAGGCAAUCGUGUAUUCAUUCAAAAGAUAUUUAUGUAGCAAUUACUAUGUGCCUUUUAUUUUUCCAAUAUGGAGAGACAGCGUUGAAUGAAUCACAAAAAUCUCUUCCUUUAUUUAUUUUCUGAUCAAGGGAGAUGUACCUACCGGAUACUUAAAAUAACAAUAUAUCCCCUGAAAUCAAGUCGGGCAAAGGCCUACAGCUGAAGCCUGAUCUCCUUAGUUAUGUAAUAAUAGUUCUCUAAGCUAAUGUUUUCAAACGGUUGCAUGUUAGAAUCUCCUGGAAAGUUUUAAGACUAUAGGCUCAGGCCCUACCUUAUAUCAAUUAAAUCCAAAUUUUAAGAGAUGGUGUAUAGGGAUCAGUAUUUUUCAAACUUUCUGGGAAAUUCCAAUAUUCAGCCAACUUUAAGAAUCAGUCUCUAUAAACAUUUUUAUAAGCAUUUAAGUAAAUGCCAAGCUGCUGGCACACUGGCUUUAUUUCAUUGGAAGAAAAUGCAAAUUUUAAAUGCUUAUCAUCUUACCACAAAAUUAUUCAUAUUUCUGCUUUGCUGACCAAGUACCAACCUGAAGCAGUUUUUCUUCCAUGUUUUACUCCAAGACUGUUUAAUAUCCAUUCCUUGUGUGUAAAGACGUGUACAUAGUGUCUGGAAUGUAAUAGACACUUGCUAUUCAAUAACUUGAUUUCUCAAUGUAAUGUGCUAUAUAAAAAUGACAGUGUUUCGUUUGUAAUUACUAUUUUUUUAUUAAAAACCUAGACAGAAAAUGGUAACUGUUCUUUUGCCCUUAGCUAUAAAGUUAAAGAACCAAAUUAGAUCUUUUUUCAAGGUGUUUGUAUAAUAAAACUUUUCCUAUUUAAAGAUGUGUAAUGGGGCGCCUAGGCGGUUCAGUCUGUUAAGGUCUAACUCUUACUUCAUUCAGCUCAGGUCACGAUCUCAAGGUUUUGAGAUCUAGCCCCACUUCAGGCUCUGCUCUGGGUGUGAGGCCUGCUUGAGACACUCUCUCUCCCUGUCCCUCUGCCCCUACUCUCAUUGUGCUGUCUUUCUCACUCUCUGUCUCUCACAUAAAUAAAUAAAUAUAAAUAAAUACAUAAAUAAAUAAAAUUUUUU